AAGUGUCCUCUGCUUUUGGCGCGGUCCUGACCGCGGCCAUCUUGGAAUCACAUCACUGUGUAAAGCAAGCGUUCGAGACACUGCGUGGUCCUCCGGCUCAUUGAUUGCGAUAUCCUGGCGCUAACUAUCAAGAGGAGCUGUUUUGCAUCCCGAUCUAACAAAGCCAGUAGAUACAGUCAUUUAUUUUCUUUUGCUCGCUGAGUGCUCAGGAAAACUCAGACAGAAUUUUGAAGGAACCGCUAUGGCGACUGCAAGCGCUACCCCAAGCCGUGAAGCUGGCCGGUCAGCGGCCUCCACUCCUCUCUCCCCGACUCGGAUUUCUCGUUUACAGGAGAAACAGGAGUUGCAGCAUCUGAACGACAGGCUGGCUGUGUACAUCGAUCGCGUGCGGGCGCUGGAAUUGGAGAAUGACCGGCUAAUGGUCAAAGUGUCGGAAAAAGAAGAGGUGACUACGAGAGAGGUAACAGGCCUAAAGGCUCUGUAUGAGGCAGAGUUGGCUGAUGCUCGGCGAGUUUUGGAUGAAACUGCUAGAGAGAGAGCCAGGCUCCAGAUAGAUCUGGGCAAGGCUCAGGCUGACCUGGAAGAAGCUACACGCAGUAUAAAGAAAAAGGAUGGUGAUCUUGCUGCAGCAAUGUCCAGGGCCAGUGGUUUGGAAGCCCAGCUGAAUAAGAAUGAAGCAGCUCUUUCAACAGCUCUAAGCCAAAAUGCUGCUCUGAGCUCUGAGCUAGCUGAUGUCAAGAGCCUGCUGGCCAAGGCAGAGGACAGCCAUGCUGUUGGUAAACGCCAGCUGGAGGCAGAGACACUGAUGCGUGUGGACUUGGAGAAUCGCUGUCAGUCACUGAGUGAAGAGCUGGAGUUCAGGAAGACUAUGUUUGAUGAGGAGGUGCGCGAGUCUCGCCGUCGACAUGAGCAGAGAAUAGUGGAGGUGGACUCUGGAGUCAGACAGGACUAUGAGUUCAAACUGGCACAAGCUCUACAGGACCUGCGGAGGCAACAUGAUGUGCAAGUCUCUAUUUAUAAGGAAGAACUGGAGCAAACGUUUCAGGCCAAGUUGGAUAAUGCCAAAGUGUCCUCUGAGAUUAAUGACAAGGCAAUGAGCUCAGCCAGGGAGGAGCUGCAGGAGUCUCGUACCAGAAUAGAGAGCCUUGGGUACCAGCUCAGCGCCCUGCAGAAACAGGUGACUGCCUCAGAAGAUCGUAUCAGAGAGUUGGAAGAAAUUCUGUCGUCUGAGCGAGACAAGCACCGCCGUGCCAUCGAAGCAAAAGAACAAGAAAUGGCUGAACUGAGAGACCGGAUGAACGCUCAGCUCAGUGAAUACCAGGAGCUGCUGGAUGUGAAGCUGGCUCUGGAUAUGGAGAUCAAUGCAUACAGGAAACUGCUGGAGGGAGAGGAACACAGACUGAAGCUGUCCCCCAGCCCGUCUUCCCGAGUCACAGUGUCCAGAUUAACAGGAUCUUCAUCCUCCCGCUCCUCUAAGAGGAAGAGAGCGGAAGCAGAGGUUAGGGAAAUGCCCGAGAUUGGAAGAGGAGAGGAGCAGUUGCUGGUGUCAGAAGAGGCUACGGCUACUGGAGCCGUCACCAUAUCACCGACUGACAUGGAUGGAAACGCAGUCACACUCAUCAACGAUACUGAGCAGGACCAGCCUCUGGGCAACUGGAGAUUGAAGAGACAGGUUGACAACGGGGAAGAAAUCAUCUACAAGUUCUCACCAAAAUACGUCCUGAAAGCUGGGCAGUCUGUCACUGUGUGGUCUGCCGAUGCUGGUAUGGCUCACGGUCCUCCAACUGACUUGCUGUGGAAAAGCCAGGCUUCCUGGGGCACAGGAAAUGACAUAGUUACCUCUUUGGUCAAUGCUGAUGGCGAGGAGGUGGCCAGGAGGACUGUAACCAACACUCAGGUGGAUGUAGAUGAUGUUGAUGGCGAGGAGGAGACAGUGGCACAAACGGGCAAAGUGUCGUCCAGAGAGUGUGCCAUCAUGUGAAGCCUUCCUCAUGAGUAGAUGGCUUUUACCCUUUAUAUACUACUUUUUUCUUCUAGAGCCAUUCAGAUAUGAUCCUGUCCAUUGCCUCAUUAUUUGAUGUUUUUACUAUUCAAGAUCAUUUUUGUAUAAUGGACUUGGUUUUUAUAGCUUUCCAUAUUUCUGCACCUACUUUAAUGAGUCAAUAAAAAUUAGUCAAGACGCCAGCAACGAUGGAUUAGAUAUGAUGGAUCCCAACUCCUAAGCACAACAGAACAUGGUAUAUAGACACUAUAUAUGGUAUAUAUACUAUAUAUAGUCUAUAUGCUAUGUACACCCGCUGUAUACUGGGUGUGUACUGGGUAAAAUGCAUCUGUUAUCAAACCCCUUGUGAGAUCAGGGCCUUUCUGAAUGUGUUUCUAACUUUAACAUUUAUUGCGUGGAUACUCAUGUUUGUCUGCUGCAUGUUUUCUUAGUAUUUUUUGAAGUCUUCCUUUCACUUGCAUCCAAAUGCAAAUGAAAGGAUACAUUCUUGUUCAGUUACCUUGGAUUUCCCUAUUCAAAAGGUGGUUUGCAAAUUGACCGGAUCCAGUUCUUCUACUUUGGGCUCAAUCUAACCACCUCUGACCUUUGAGGUACACUCGGUUGAUACUUGACCUUCUGGUCACAACCUAGAACUCUUUGUGACUAUGCUCCGUAUUUUUCUCUUCCAUAUUUCUUCAAAGGUGAAGAUAAAACGUUCUUAGAUUUCUGAAAACUAAAAGCAGCCUCCUUUUUUUUGUUAAAUGUGGCUCCCAGUUGAGCUGCAGACCGAAAUCCAUAAAGCCAGGAAAAAACACAAGACAACUGCCAAACCUAAAAUCACGUAGCUCUCCCGUCUGUGUUCUUACGACCCUCAACAAGACUAGCAUGGUCAGAAUUAUGUGAUGCAUGUGAACCCUGCUUUCUUGGGGAAAUGUGCUUUGUUGAACUCAGUCCUAUCCACACCUAAAAGAGCUGCGAGUGCUCCAAAGCAGCUGUGUAAACCCUGACAGCAGACCCAGAGGAAGUCCAGGGCCCUCACACCGCUCCAUUACAGUAUUUGAAUGUUCUUAUUUAGCUCUUAUUUUUUGAAUUACACUGCAACUUGUUGCCUAGACUGGCUUUAUUGGUUGCUAAUAGUUUUUUGUAGAGAUUUUCUUAGUGGGGCCAGCACUUUUUUUUUGACCAAAAAACACUAGUGGUUCAUUUUGACUGGCAACGCUUCUGUUAGCAGAUGCGUGUCUAUGCUGCCCGUGUGUAGUCUGCAGAGGAAGAAAUCUGCACUUGUAACAAAAACUGACUGAUGCCUCCAGAGAACCAAUGAAACUAAACUUCAGAACAAUAAUAGAAUACUUAUUACAAGUGCUGACAUUGUAGGGUGGGUGGCGUUUUCUUACAGUCUGCUGUUCUGCCUCUUGUUGCCGUUUUCAGUUUUCAUCCGACAAAGUUGGAGAACUAACUGGUGCUUCUCAGACUUGCUAAAUGUUGCGUCUCUGAGCCAAAACACUCAUCCCAGAAACAGGACGUAUGUGUGCAGACAGACAGGAUAUUGGACUCAUCUAACCAACAUGCCAGGCUGUUAAUAAACACCUGGAUCUGCAGAGUGGAGCUGAGGCUUUGGGGUUUAGGAACAUUUACCAUGCAGCGGCCAGUUUUUCUUUGCUUGGGUUUGUUCUUCUUUGGACAGUGCAGUGUCAAUUGGAUUAGGUUAGAUGAUGAAAUUAAAGUUAAAGCUUUCUCAAUCCGAAACCUAAAACUGACAAACUUUUUGAAGUGUGUGGGAUAAAUGAUGGAAGUAAGAUUCCUGUUUCCUCAGACUUUUGCAGGUCUGACGUGAUAUUUCGAGUACACGGUCUCCGUCUGUACUCUGUUUCUGACUUGAGCACACUGUAUGAGUUUUUCUCAUACCUGCUGUGUGUUAUUGUGGAAACGGCUCUCUCUCGUGUGUUUGUGUUGUGUGAUUUACUAGUUCUAUGUAAUCAGUUUAACUUUUUUUUUUAUGUGUGUACAAUUCUUAGAUUGGCUCUGGUAGGGUUUUUGUGACUUAAUGAAACUGGGAAACUCGACUUAUAUUUCAGGGUCCAUGUAAAAAAAUAAACAAAAAAAAUGACCUAAACACUAUUCCUGUAGUGUUCCACUAAAAAGUCAAAAGGCUUCACUUCAUACGAACAGUUAAUAUAAAAUGUUUUGAUUUCUAUUGGGAGAAAGCACCAGUUGCUUUACUAAUAACUGAAAAGUAACCAACAUUGAUGACAACAGAAGUCUGAAAAACCGGAGAAAUGCUAUUAUUCAUGUAGGGGUUAUGGCAUGUAUUGUCUGUUUUAUCUAUGAUUUUCUGUCAAGCUACUUUUUGUACACUUAAUAAAUGUUUUACACAUA